AUGCCACCACCACCCCACAGGCGUCAGAAAUCGGUCAAGAAGGGCAUCCAAUUCACCUUGAUGGUGGUCGGCGCAUCAGGUUCUGGUCGCACCACUUUUGUCAACACCCUUGUAGAACAAAAGGGAUGGUUGAAUCAUUCUGAACCGGUUGAUGCCGCCAAUGCCCAUGAGCCACAGCCAUUCAUCAAAGUCCAAAAGCAGACUAUCGAAUUAGAACAAGACGGUAUCCCCGUGCGCUUAACAGUCUGCGAUACACCUGGAUUCGGUGAUAACAUCGAUAACGAAUCGGCCUUCUCGACGAUCUCGGAUUAUUUGGAAAAACAAUGCCAUGAUAUCUUGGGCGAGGAAUCGCGAAUCAAACGAAACGCCAGGCUCGAAGAUAAUCGAGUCCACGCUUUACUUUAUUUCAUUCCUCCCACAGGUCACAGCUUGAGAGAAAUGGACAUCGAGUUAAUGAAGCGACUAUCCCCACUGGUGAACGUCAUUCCCGUUAUUGGUAAGGCUGACAGCCUUACUGUUAGCGAAUUAAAAGGGUUCAAAGAGCGGAUUAUGCAAGACAUCGAACACUACGACAUCCCCAUUUACAACUUCCCCUUUGACCCGGAAGAGGAUGACGAUGAAGUAAUUGCUGAAAACUCGGAGUUAAGAGCCUCAUUGCCAUUUGCACUUGUAGGGUCAGAGGAGGAAGUCGAAGUUGGCGGUGAAAUGAUCCGAGCGAGGAAGUACCCGUGGGGGAUCGUCGAGAUCGAUAACCCGGCUCACACUGAUUUCCUCAAGUUGAGGAACACUCUACUAUCGACUCAUUUGACUGAUCUCAAGGAGAUCACUGUUGAUUUCCUAUACGAGAACUACCGAGAGAAAGCUUUAAGUCGAGGCACUCCACAUGCAGCCGACGAGUCCAUACCACCUGAUGAUAUCGUCAAUCGAUCCUUCAAGCUCAAAGAGGAACAGUUAAGGAAAGAAGAAGAGAAGUUGAAGGAGAUCGAACUCCGCGUUCAACGUGAGAUCAGCGAGAAACGUCAAGAACUCUUGGCGAGAGAAGAAAGUCUUCGAAAUAUGGAGGCUCGUUUGGCACAAAGUGCUAACGAGAUUACUCCGAGAUAA